GGGCCAAAUCUGAAUGCCGCCGCUCUCCGCCUAUUUCUAAACUCGAUUCCCGCUCCUCUUUUUCACCUCAAAUCAACUACUGAAUCAGCCGCUUCACGGCGGAGGAACCACCGGAAACCUGCCCCACUCGAAGAUUCUUCAAUUAUCCACUAUCACCCACAAUCAGGAAUUUUGAAGUUUGUUGACGCCGCAGAAUUUGUAAAUUAUUUGGGGUUUCCUGAAUUAAAUUGUCAAAAUAGUGAAAGAUUGAGGCUUUUUUAAGUUUUUAUUUUUGUGAAUUUUCGAUAAUGGACGAAGGGAAAACUUUUGAGGGGCUUGGCAAAUCCAGAUCCGCCCUAGGCGAUCUGACGAACCGGGUCGGUAAAAGGGGAUUCACCGUGAGAGAAGAAAACGGUAUCAGGAGUUUCGAUUUCACUAACAAAGAUGUACCGAAGCGCCUCUGUGUUUCGCCUCGCCCGUGCACCGAGAUCGGUUCCUUAAAGGGAAAUGUUAUAUCCAGUCUCUCGAAAACACACAACGAAAAUAAAGACCCGAAUAAGAUCUCAAUCGACGUCGAUGCCGAUUUCGACGGUGCUUAUUGCUCAAAGGGAAACAAUGUUUUGGUUACGGGGAACUCGAAUGUUGAUGGUGGAGAUAAGGAUAUUGAGAUUUCGGUAGAUAGUUGUGCCAAGAUUGAUAAUAUUAAGGAAGAUGUCGUAACAAAGAUGGAUACAACAGUCUUUCCGAACUGUACCGAUGCCAAUUGGCCAGAUCUUGAACAUUCAUCGAAGAAAAGUUUGGGUGAUCUUGUAAUUACAGGUGGCGAUGAAUAUGCAAUGAGCGGUUUGGAAAUACGUAACGAAGAAAACGAGCCCAAUUCGUUGGAUCUUGGAAAAAGCGAUGCUAUUGAGUCUAUUCACACAGAAGUGAAUAAUGAGUUAAAGACGGUAGUUUCUGGAAAUGGUAACGAUGGAAUCGACAUUAAUUGCUGUCACAACGAAGGCGAUUAUGAUAAUCACGGCGACAAUUUUGUCCUGAGUCAGUCUGGAUCGAUUGACUGUCCAAUCCUGCCCGAUUCACAGGAAUCUAGAGUGUUCGGGAUAGAUAAUAGUUCCGCGAAACUGAAGGAGGAUGAAUGCGCUUAUAUGAGUGGUGCGGCUGACUCGAUCAAAUCUUGUUCUUGUUCGUUUUGCACACAAGCUGGAUAUAUAUGGUUGGACCUCCAACACCAGGAUAUCAAGGCUCGAUUAUCAGCGAUGAAAAAGAGCCAGAAAGAAGCAAACAUUUUGGCUGAAAGAAGUUGCAGAAUCAAGGUUAACGAGAAACACGGUGGUGAAAGCUCCACAAGAGGAUCUAAAUUGGAAUCUCAUUUGAUGCAACAAUGGAGAUCCCUUUUUCAAGGAAUGGCUGUUUUAUGGGAAGACGAGGGAAAUCAGCUCGAAGCUAGUCUAUUGCCACUGAGUGAUCUGAGAGAGAAAUGCAAAUCGGACUUGGAGCUGAUCAACGCUAAGCGGUCGGAAAAGCAUUGAGGUAUCGGUUGUAAGAAGAAUUAAGUUUAUUUUCGCGCUAUUCGUAAGUGAACUAGGUCGAAAAUUUUAUUCGGUUUGUGUGUAAAAACAUCGAGAAAUGUUGUAUUUGUUCGUCUCCUCUUUCAUGACAUGCACUUGACCAGAAUUAUGGAUCCUCGUUAAUCUUGCUCCUCA